AUGAAUAUAUCCCAUGGGUUUUUGAAAUCCGAGUCUCACUAUCUGGAAUGUUACCAUGAUGAUAACUAUGUAGAGGAAACGGAGUCUUUUGAAGCAGAAAUCGAAAAAUGGUAUAUCACUUUGUUAGAUUGCAUGCAGCAAUCAAGUUCUCCAAUGACCAAUCAAGUCAUGGAUGUUGUAGAUUCUGUUAUGGUUAAUCUUGAGGAUGUAUGUUUGAAGACUGAGUAUUAUGACUUAGAUUGCUCUCUUCUAGAACCAACAGAAGCCUUGAAAGAGAUCAUCACAUUCUUGAGAAAUUUCUUUCGUGUUGCCACUCUUUCAGGUUCGGGCGAGCCUCAAGAACUCCAAGCUUUUUUGACUCACAUUGAAGCUCUUGCAAUAAAAGCUGCACAGGUAAGGGUACGCCUGUUUUUAUAUCACAAAGAAGCUUCUUAUCAUGAUGAAACCAAGCGUAUGAUUUCUGCUUUCUUGCAUGAAAUGAAACAUGUCGACACUCGUGUAUAUGAUACUUACACUCGAGUGUUGACAAGCUUAAAGCAUUCAAUCAGUGAUUUACAUGUGCUCACUAUCAGCUUAGGCAAUGAUCCCUUAGUUUUCGUGAAUGAUUUCCUUGUUUCUCUUAUAUCUAUGUUUUGGGAGAUGCUACAAUCGGAGACUCUUCAUUGGGUUUCUUUGAAAGAUCAGUUGAUAGCACUAUAUGAGGGACUAAGAUUCUUGAGAAGUACUCUGAAGGAGAAUCCAAACAAGUUCAUUGAUAACAAUCGGGUGAUCCGAAUAGGGGUUGAAGGCCAAGUAUUGCAAACAUCACAAUUCAGCUUUCCCAAGACAAAUGUCCUAGGAGUUUUGGAUUACCUUUUGGGCAACAUGGUGGAAGUGAGAAAUCGUAAGGUCGAUUCAUAUAUCCAAGCCUUCUAUGGUGAUUCUCCUAGUGAGGGGAAUGAGAUAGUCCUUCAUUCUAGUUUUGGAAUGCCAAGUUUACUUUGCAGGCCAAUCAAGGAAGAAAGGAUGGAUCUUGACUACCUAUGUGAUAGGGAGUUGGUUCAAGAGAGCUAUGAUCAAGUUGAUGAGAAUGUCAUUAACUUUGGGGUUCAAACCAAAGGAGAUGAUUCACUCAUGGAAAUAAGUGCUCAAGGGUUUCAAUGA